AUGCCCAUCAAGUCACCAGCCACUCAAUCUGUUUCCAGCCAAUCAUCCGAUGUAUCAAUGCUCCGCGUUGACCCCUCGCCCAUCGAGAACCACAAUGACAACAUCAUCAGCGACUUCAUCCCUGAUGAUGUUAACGACAAUACGCCUCCACCACAGCCUCAGCACCAAUCAAGUCUCCACAAGCAUAUCAUUCACACGUAUCCCAUGUCUGAUCAAGCCAAAAAUAUCAUUGCCACUUUAUCGCCUUCCAUCUUAGAACGACUCUCUGUCACACUUAAGCAACAAGGCAAGCCUCCAUAG